UAAGCUAAUGGAAAGAAGUUAAUUAGUAUUUGACGCAAUUGAUGGCAUGAGAAAGAAAAAAUUUUCUACUUUUCUCAGCUUACUAAGGCGAUCGUUUCUAUAAUUGCACAAAUAUUAAUGCUACUAAAAAUUACCAAAAACAUUUAUGUUAGUAGUUAUUUUGGAGUUCGCGUAACACACUAUUGGAGAAAAAUGGAUUGUGAAUUAUUAAAACCACCAGAAGAAGUAAAAUUGAUGAAAAUAUUACGGAGAGAGGCAUUUUGUAAAACAAUUGAGGUACCACGUUUAUGGGUAAAAGAAGAAAAGUCGCAUAAAGUUUUGCCAUUAAUAAAGGCUUUGCUACUAAAAAUGCCGUGUUUAAAACCUGUCCGGCCAUUGAAAAUUGAAAAUAAAGUAGAAGAAAUACGAGAGAUCCUGUUGCAUCCUACGCCGGUAAAAUGCUAUGAGGAUUUACCACACAGUGAUUUAAAAAUUUUAGGUGUCACAAAAGAUGAUUUUGGUUUAACACGAUUGGCGCUUUCCUUCGAUAACUGGAGAGCAGAUGAGCUUUUUAAAGCCAUUUUGCCGCAGGAAACGGAUGGAUUGACAUCCUAUUCCUGCAUUGGCCAUAUAGUACAUAUAAAUUUAAAGGAUAAUUUGCUAGACUAUAAGCACAUAAUCGGUCAAAUUUUAUUGGACAAAGUGCAUGGAUGUCGUACAGUGGUUAAUAAAACAGCCGCUAUAAAUAAUACUUACCGUAAUUUUCAAUUGGAACUACUAUGUGGUGAACCCGACUAUCAAGUGGAAGCUAAAGAGAAUGGUUCAUGUUUUCAUUUUGAUUUUUCGAAAGUCUAUUGGAAUCCUCGUUUGUGCGGCGAGCAUGAAAGAAUUGUGAAAAUAUUACAACCUGGCGACAUUUUGUACGACGUAUUUGCUGGUGUCGGUCCUUUUUCUGUACCCGCAGCACGUAAAAAGUGUUUUGUUCUGGCCAAUGAUUUAAACCCCGAGAGUUAUAAAUGGCUGGAGCAUAAUAUGAGACGUAACAAAUGUUUAAAACAAGCGAAGCUUUACAAUAAAGAUGGCCGUAAAUUUAUUUUAGAGGAUUUAAAAAAGGAUUUGUGUGAAAGAUGGCAAGAGAACGACAUUGGAACUUACAGCAUUCACAUAACCAUGAAUUUACCUAGUUUAGCGGUAGAAUUUUUAAACACCUUCUGUGGCUUAUUUGAGCAUGAGUGCAGAAAUAAAAUAAUAGAUUUCACUUCCGACAAGAUUAAAUAUCCCUUAGUACAUGUAUACACAUUCGCUAAGGGUUUAAACAAUGAGGCAAUGGCUUUACAAAAUGUAGAAUCUAAUCUGGGUUCGAAAUUAACUGAAAAUCUACAUGGCGUACAUUUUGUACGCAAUGUUGCUCCUAAUAAGGAUAUGUUUAGGGUAUCCUUUUGGUUAACAAAGGAGAUUUUAACAAAUUCUAUACCGAAUGAUUUGUCACGUAAACGAACAGCUGAUAUAAACGGAGAUAAUUUAAUUAGUAAAACCAAGUUUAAAUGUUGUUAGGUUUAGAAUUAACAAACGAUGGGUCGUAAGUCGAAAAGUAAGGGCCAGUCGCAGAGCGCAAAGACUUUAAAUAAAGCGAAGAAAGAUAAAAAUGUUUUUAAAGU